AUGGGACGAGGACAAAGUAUCACUCUAUUUCCUUUCCUGCUAGUCACCUUCAAGCAUUCACAUAUCCUUAGAUACACGGCCUCUCUAAACUGCAUCUUCUUCCUAAUUCUCUGGACCUCCCUCUACAGUGACCACACUAAAGUUAAUAGCCACCUCAAUUCACUUCGUCUCUUACCUCUCCUUGCACUCUGUUUCGUCUCCACUCUCCUUGCUUCUGCUUCGGGAUCUGAUAUUCCGGUGACAGAGUUCCUAGCAGUCCCAGCAGACGACUUCCUGAGCUCACUUGGAAAUGCCAUGGAAUUGGUUAGGAAUGCCAAUUCCGCUGCGCAUUCCUUUGUCUUUGGUAGGAAUGGUGACGUGGGCAUCUCCUCCAAGAAUUCCUUUUCGGACUGCAUUGACUUGCUCGACUUGUCCGCUGAUGCCUUGGGCUGGUCCGUCACUGCCAUUCAGAAUCCUAGCAGCAGAAAUGAUAUUGGCACGUGUGGUAUAAGUUCAGAUCUAAAAGCAUGGCUCAGCGGUGCACUUGCACUCCACGAAACAUGCCUGAAAGGGUUUGAAGGCACUGAAACUAGCCAAAAAUCCAUAUUACCAGUUCAAAGUCUGCUAAGACACAGUAGUUCGGCCAUCGCAGAUCUUCUCCACAUGGUCCGCCCAUCCACAGGUCGGGCCUUCACUAAGAAGUGUGACCAGUUGCCUUCGUGGUUCAACCUUGACGACAAUCAGGUUCUUGAAGCUGGAAUGAACCAUGAGCUGGUUCCCGAUGUGGUGGUAGCGCAAGAUGGCACUGGGAAUCACAGAACUAUAACUGAAGCAGUAAAGGUUGCACCUAUUAAUAGUACGCACAGACAUGUGAUUCCCGUAGAGAAGGGAGUGUACAGAGAAAAGGUGGAGAUAAAGAAUAACAAUUGGAACACUGUGAUGGUGGGACAAGGUAUGGAUGCGACGAUCGUGUCUUGGAACCAGAGUGUUGGUCCCAAUGUCACAACAUAUAAGACAGCAACUUUCAGCGUCACAGGCAGAGGAUUUAUCGCAUGCAACAUGACGUUUAAGAACACGGCAGGGCCAGAGUGGAACCAAUCAGUCGCCCUAAGGUCUGACUCAGACAUGUCGGUGUUCUUCCGGGGUGGCAUCAGGGCCUACCAAGAUACCCUGUACCCGCAUUCCUUCCGACAGUUCUACCGGGAAUGCCAGAUUAGUGGGACAAUCGACUUCAUCUGUGGGAAUGCUGCUGCUGUGUUCCAGUACUGUGAGAUCCUGGUCAGGAGGGGCAGGCCAGAUGAGGUGACCAACACCAUAACUGCGAACUCGCGAUCGAAUGGCAGUGAAACCACAGGAUUCUCGUUCCAGCGGUGCAAUAUCUUGGCGGAUUCGAGCCUAGUGCUGUACGUGAACAUGACAAAUACAUUCCUAGGAAGGCCAUGGAGGAAGUUCUCGAUGACAGUCUUCAUGAAGUCUUACAUGACUGAGAUCAUUCAUCCUCUGGGUUGGGUCCCGUGGAACGCAUCCAGAUUGUAUUUAGAGACACUGUAUUAUGAGGAGUACCAGAACCAUGGGCCCAGAGCCAGAACUACCGGACGCGUUAAUUGGUCAGGGUAUCAUCUCAUCGACUCGGCCGAAGCCUCUAACUUCACAGUGGCCCGACUUAUUGAGGGUGACCUUUGGUUGACAUCAACAGGCAUUGCAUAUGCAUCGGGCCUAGAUCCUGAAACCCGUGUUCCUCUCCGAGCCCACAACACAUCCGGAAACUGCUGGAGCACAUGUUUAUGUAAUUGA